AUUGACUUGAUGAAAAGCACACCUGGCCGUAAAGAUGGAGGGGAUAUGUUGUCACUCCACAACCACAAAGCAGAGACCAGAGAGAGAUGGCCGGCGGUAGCACGAGCAGGGACGAGAGGUGGAGCCUGGCCGGCGCGACGGCGCUCGUCACCGGCGGCAGCAAAGGGAUCGGCCACGCGAUCGUGGAGGAGCUGGCGGGGCACGGGGCGCGGGUGCACACGUGCGCCCGGAGCGCGGCGGAGCUGGAGGACUGCCGCCGCCGGUGGGAGGCCAAGGGGCUUCCGGUCACCGUCUCCGUCUGCGACGUCUCCCUGCGCGCCCACAGGGUGCAGCUGCUGGAGACGGCCAAGCAGGUCUUCGACGGCAAGCUCGACAUACUGGUGAACAACGCAGCGCAGGUUGUUGACAAGGCGAGCGUAGAGUGGACAUCGGAGGAGUACUCACACCUGAUGGCGGCCAACCAAGAGUCAUGCUUCCACCUCAGCCAGCUCGCGCAUCCCUUCCUCCUCAACGCCACCAUAGCCGGAGGAGCUAGUGUCGUUAACAUAUCCUCCAUUGCGGGCUCACUCGGCUUUCCGGGCCUCACGCUCUACAGUAUGGCAAAAGGAGGAAUCAACCAGCUUACAAGGAGCCUUGCUACAGAGUGGGCGCAGAACAAGAUCCGCGUGAACAGUGUGGCCCCGGGCGCGAUUAAGACUGACAUGCUAAACAGUCUAGGACCGGAGAUCAUAGAGAACUUGUUGGCCAGGACUCCGAUGCGGCGAGCUGGCGAGCCAGCCGAGGUGGCGGCUGUGGUGUCAUUUCUAUGCAUGCCGGCGGCGUCCUUCGUCACCGGCCAAGUCAUCACCGUCGAUGGUGGUCGGAGCAUUAGUGGUUAGUUAAUUAAGAGCACCUUACUAGUGAACUCUUGUGUGUUGAAUCCAAAGAGCAACAAGUCCGACGGUCCAAAGAAAUUUCGUUGCAGGCAGACAGGUCGAAAAGCAUAGUAUGUAACAGCGGGAGUCAAUUUUUGUACUAUAUCUUUUUUCGUAACACUGUAUAAGGCAACUUUUGUAUUGAAGUGAAAGAAAGGCUACCCGUAUAAUUAUUUGCUA